GAAUACGAGCGUUACAGCUGUAUUAUUUAAUUAAUUAUUUCCUUAUUUACGAAGGCAAUCUAAAACAGUUUUAUCAGUUUAAAUUGCGACUCUUUACAAAACACUACACCUUUUGCGAAUAAUAGUUUUUAUUUAUUUGGAAAUUUAUAGUUACAAGUGAUUGUAAGCAAAUAUUGUUAAAACAUGCCUCAAAUCAAACCGCAAACCCUAAAGACCUUUAUGAGACUUGUAUCAACGAAUAACCCCAAACAAGCCACUGCUCAAGCUGUUUCACUUGAUGGUAGGGACAGUUACUACCAGAAAAUCGGCAAUAAAGCUUUGGAUAGCAAAGAAGAUAUUAAACCAGAGGGAUGGUAUGAUGCCAUACCUUUCAAACGUAUUCCUGGUCCUAAACCCUUGCCUAUUAUUGGAAAUGUUUGGAGGUUCUUUCCUGGUGGAGAGUAUUAUAAUGUUCAAUUGAUUGAUUUACAUAAAAAGUUGCAGCAGCAAUAUGGUAAGCUGGCUUAUUUAAGUGGUAUACCGGGUAAACGCCCUAUAUUGUUUGCCUAUGAUCCUGAAGAUAUUGAACAGACUUUAAGGAAUGAGGGGCCAUGGCCUAUAAGGUUUGGUUUGCCUUCUUUUGCAUAUUAUAGAAAAUAUGUACGUGAUGAUGUUUUCCAGGGGGUAGGAGGAGUUCUGACUGUUCAAGGCGAAGAAUGGUUCCAAUUUAGAUCAAUCGUAAAUAAAAUUCUGAUGCAACCAAGAACUGCUGAGCUCUACGUAUACAGUAUGGAUGACGUAGCAAAUGGACUUAUUAGUAACAUACGAAGAUUUUCCAAAAAUAAUCCUCGAAGUGAAAUGCCCGACGAUUUUCAGAACGAACUUUACAAGUGGGCGCUUGAAUCAAUGGGGGUAAUUGCUUAUAAUACUAGAAUCGGUUGUCUGGAACCAAACUUAGAUAAAAACUCUGUUGGACAACGCAUGAUCGAUUCAUCAGUAGAACUCUUUGAACUGAUGUACCAGUUGGACGUUUUACCAUCACUUUGGCCAGUCUACAGUACCAAAGAGUGGAAAAGAUAUGUUCAAAUUUUAGACUAUAUGACUGAGGUUAAUCAAAAAUAUAUAGAAGAAUGCUUACAAAACACUAAUCCGGAUCCUAAUAUACCCGAUCAUGAACGAAGCGUUCUAGAAAGAUUAGCAAAGACAAAUAAGAAAGUAGCUAUUGCUAUGGCCACUGAUAUGGUGAUAGCCGGAAUUGAUACGACUGGUAGAACCAUGGCAAGCGCUCUGUACUUUUUAGCCAGGAACCCUGAUAAACAAGAACUACUGCGAGAAGAACUGAGAAAAUAUUUACCAAACAAAGAUUCUCCAGUAACCAAAGAUAUUCUACGAGGAUCACCAUAUUUAAAGGCCGUUAUAAAAGAAACUACCAGACUUUCUCCAGUUUCUAUUGGUACCCUCAGGACCACCGUUAAAGAUAUGGUGCUCUCUGGGUAUCAAAUACCAAAAGGGACCGAUAUAUUAGCAACAAACAUAAUUCCAUCAAUGGAAGAAAAGCACUUUAAAAUGGCAAACCAGUUCAUACCAGAACGUUGGUUGAGGACAACCGAGGGCGAAUUAUCUCAUAAAAAUGUCCAUCAAUUUGUUCAUUUACCUUUUGGAUUUGGACCGAGGUCUUGUAUUGGAAAACGGUUGGCGAAUUUGGAGUUGGAAGUUGGACUUUCUAAAAUUGUUAGAAACUUUAAUCUGUCAUGGCAUCACCCUGAUCCUAAAUUCGGUACGAAAUUGCUAUAUGGAAUCAUGGAUCCUUUAAGAGUUAAGAUGGAAGAAAUAGAAAAUUAGUUAAAUUAUAAAUUAGACGUAGUUAGAAAUAUUGUGUGUUUAUUUUAAAAUUAUAUAGGUUAUUUGAUGUUGUAUAUUUUGUAAUGUUUCUUAUUGAGUAAUAAAGUAUUUUGUUAUA